CCCAGCGGGGCAGUGCCGGGGCUGGCUGGCGGCUUGGCCGGCUCGGGCACUGGCUGCGCGGCGUCUCCGUGUCCGCCCGCCCGCUCCGCCGUGCACCGAUGCGGGUCCCCGGCUGGCGCCCGGCCGCGCUCCUCCUCGCCGCCUGCCUCUGGCGGCUGCCGCCGGGCCGGGGCGCUGCAGGAACAGAAGAGGUGAUCAUCGGGGAGGCCGGAGAGAGUGUCGUCCUCUUAUGCCGAAAUGUGUCUGAGCGAGUGGACGAGGUGGACUGGUUUCACGGUGACCCUGGCACCGUGCCCCCACUCUUCUCCUCCAAUGCCACGCUGCCCCAAGAUGCCCGCUUGUCCCUGGUGGACAAUAGCUCUCUGCACAUCUUAGCGUUGCGCCCGCAGGAUGAGGGCAAUUACACCUGCAAGGACGUGCUGAACGAGAUAGUCCAAGAGCACAGAGUCCAGCUCCUGGUAGCCAGUGGCCCCAGCAGCGUGUCUGUCAGCAUCUCCCCUGCCGCAGCAUUGCCCAAUGGCACGGUGUACGUAGACAAACGCGACACUGUGAUGUUCAGCUGCACCAGCAGCUCCCAUCCGGAGCCCACCAUGGCGUGGACUUUCCAGUUGCCCAGUUCGGCCCCAGAAAAAUUUACUGAAGUCAAUGGUUCCUCCACCGUCUACAUCCUGCAAAAUCUAUCCUCACGCUUCCAAGGGAACUACUCGUGCACAGCAAGGAACCCUCUUAGUGGCAGAAGUCGGACAUCAACCAAGGAGCUCCUGGUCUACUAUCCCCCGCCGUCGGUCCCAAGGUGUUGGGCUCAAACUGCCCAAGUGGGGUUAAUGCUGCAGUUGUUUUGUAACUGGCCCGGGGGAUACCCGAACCCCAUCCUCCAGUGGACAGAAGAGGGGCGAGACCUAGAGAAUUCGAGCUGGGUCGUUAAUGCAACAGGCACCGGGAACACCCACGUGGAAACUCUGAGCAACUCUCGCCUCUUCCACGGGAAGGUAUUCAAGUGUGUUGGGAGCCACAUCCUAAAGCAGAAGGAAGAGGAGACGACCUGCACUGUGCAGAUAAAAGCUCCUUCGCUGGCGACGGAGCCACUGAAGACCUGCUUUGUGGGUGGCACCGUGUCCCUCACGUGCCAAGUGAUGGAGAGCAAUCCCUCUGCGAGACUCAGCUGGCUUCGGAAUGUCUCCCAGCCAGAGGUGGAGAUCCAGUCUGGUGGGAGGUACCUGGUCACCCAAGAGGGCAGCGUCUCCAUUCUCACCAUUCAGAACUGCUCCCACAACGCUGACGAAGGCUACUAUGUCUGCAAAGCUGAGAACCCCGUGGGGCUGAAGGAAGCCUACGUUUCCCUCACUGUGAAGAAGCCAGUGAAUAUAGUCGGGGUGGUGGGAACAGUCGUGGUCCUGCUGCUGUUGGGAGUUCUGGUCAUCACUGGAAUCAUUUUGUACUACAACCCCCUCCUGUGCCUGAAAGGCAGCAUAUUCAGGAAUCAAGACUCAAAUGAUGUUUGUGUGCUGGUGGAUUCAGAUGGAGAAGAGGAAGAGGAGGGGCAGGAAGAAGAGACGACUGGCAACUCCAAUGUGCAUCGAGUGACGGCCCUGGUGAAUGGGAACAGCACCCAGGCUGGUUAUGGCCACCAUGUUACUGAGAGUGACAUCAGUGAGCGGCACAGUGAGCUCUCAACAGAGGAAGUGGAGAGAGAAGAGAGGCCAGCUACACAGAGGCAAAUUCUCCCUUUUCUUGAUGAAAUGGAUGGAACUGUGGGUGGAAGUUAAUCUUCAAAUGCAUCAUUGAUAUGUGGCUGCGUCUAGGCUGUUAAAAUUCCUGCAGUGGGAUUGGCCUGAUCUGGUUGUUAGUUUCUUUCUUCCCUCGCCCCAGCCCUGUUUUUCAUUCUUUCAUUUUGUUAUUCUUUCAUCUCAGACAGUUCUUUUUUUCUCUUUUUUUUUGGCUAUUUCUUCCCUUCUCUCAAGUUUUCCUUUGUCUCAGGUUUUCUUGUUAAUAAGAGGAAGUUCAGAGGCAGACAGAGUUCAGGAGGAAUGUGUCUCUGCUUCAAAAGAUCUUGUCCCGUGGGUAUCCUCUUCAUCUCUAAGCCUGCCGCCGACUGUGUCAGGGACACGUGUGGAGCUAACAGGAGGGCAGUUCUGUAUCAUGAAAAAGGCUAAAGGCAAUCCCAGCAAUAUACCUGUAUGUGCAAGAUGCAGCAAAUACUGGCGGGGGGGAGGGCUGGAGGAGUUUGCUUCAUAACUGCUAGAAUGUGCAUGGGUCCGUUUUUUAUGAAAACGUUCCGAUGCUGGAAGGGAAGGUCAGGAUGUACUCUGCGCUGCGUGGCUUUCAUAGGCCUGUUGUUUUGCACUGAGGAAGUGAGAAGACCUCCUUAUAGCUUUGCAAGUGAUUUUGAUCCAAAGACCCAACUCCGCUCUAAAAGUAUCAUCCAAGCUACGGGAUGCGCCUACUGCCAGCUCUGCCUAGUGGGGAGGAAGAAGGAUAUUCUUGUGGUUAACAUGCAGGAUCUGGGUUCUGGUUCUUCUCCUGCCACAGACUUCCUGCGGGGCAAGUCUCACAGACUUGAGUUUUCAAAAGUGGCUAAUAAUUUUGAUGCCUCCAUUUUGGACUUUGCAAUUUUAGACCACUGUCAGGACAGGCAGAACCUAACUUGCCUUCGUGCCAUGCCCCUUUCACUUCAGCCGUGCUACUGCCUGGGGGGGAGCAAUAUGCUCGGAAUGGUCUAUGACAGGGGUGGCCAAAUUUACCGAUCCUCUGAGCUGCAUACAAUAAUCUUCAGAUGUUUGAGAGCCGGGCGCACCUGCUCAGGCCUUCUACCCAUAGCCUCACCACCCUGCCCUGAGCUCCUCCAUCCCUUUACCCCCUGCAGUCUGGUAGGUGGAGAACAGGGGCAUGGGGGACUCCCCGAGCCACAUUUGAACUGCAAAAGAUCCGCAUGUGGCUUGCGAGCAGCAGUUUGGCCACCCCAGUCUAUGCCAAUCUCCGAGUUGCACAGGAACGUAACCCACAAGAACACUCGAAGAACGGUGUGAGCUGACAAGGCCCAGGAUGGAAAGGCGCUGUGGGGCGGAUUGCUUGCUCAUCAGGGGCUGGAGCCCUGCCUCAGCAAAACCUUCUUACUCAAUAAAUGCAGCUAGUUAUUCCCCAUCUGAUAGCCAAUUGUGUGCUGCCCUUGCCGCAGCUUCAAAGAGAAGCUCUCUCUAUUUUCCCGUAAAACAGAAUGUUCCUAGCGCUAUGUGGACGUGAUUUUUGUUUAUGGAAUAAAAUUAUUUUUCUGACAAA